AUGACUGAUGAUAAUUUGAAUCAAAUAACAGAUGGUCUUAAAUCAAUGCAAUUCGAUGAUGAUGAAGAAGCAUCAAAAUAUUUUAUUAAUUAUAUAAGUGAUGAUCCCAAUAGUCUUAAUAAUAAUUGUGAUGAACAUGACGAUGAUUAUUUAAAAAACGAUAAUAAUAAUAUUGAUAUGUCUUUAUUAUCAAAUAGUCUUCUUAUAACUUCUGUACCUCAAGAUUUAUUUACGAAUCAACAAAUGAAAGAUGAAUUCGAACAAUUAUUUCGAGUUUAUGAUUCUCAAAUUAAUGUAAUUUAUCUUAAAUGUUUUCAACGUGUACGUAUAACAUUUACAUCCUCACAUAAUGCUUUACAAGCUCGAUUACAUCUUCACAAAUAUCCAUUUCAUGGUGCAAUACUAAAUACAUAUUUUGCUCGUCCAAUUGUUUUUCGUGGUACAAAUCCUGAUACACAUUUACAUCCACCUGAACCUGACAAACUUUAUCUUAUAUCACCACCAGCUAGUCCACCAGAUGAUUGGGAACAAAAUAUUGAAAAGCCACCAAGUGUUGAUAUGAAUCUAAUUGCAGCUAUAUCACAAUUACGACGUAAUGAAUCUCAUGAAUCAUUACCACGUGAACAUAUUUUGAAUGCUCCAUCGAUCGUCGUUGAUACAUGUGAGGAUUCUAAUGUUGAAAUAAAUGAAAGUCUUCGAAAAAAAUUAAUCAAACCAUCAUUUGUACCUACUAAACGACCACGAAAUAAUCAAACUGAUGAACAUAUUUAA